AUGUUUUCAUUUGAUAGUCAUGAUGACAUAGAUGUCAAUAACUUGUUACAUAAUUUUUCAUGUUCUAAAAAUAUUUUAAAGUGGGAAGACAAUUUGAGAAAUGGAAACAAUCAAAUUGUUAUUCGAGAUUUUGAAGAAAUUAAUAAGAAACUUCUUCAUCAAACAAAUUUUAAAGAUUACUCCUCUGAAGGAAGACUUUCUUUGAUGAAUUUUAUUAAUGCCCACAUUAAUAAGAAAUAUACAUCUUCAUUUUUAAGAGCUGAAAUGGUAAAAUUAAUUAGAAUUCUUAGUAGAGACAAAUUUAAUGUUGAGCUUUUAUAUAUUGAUAAAAUUCCACAAUAUUUAUUGUCUUAUGCUUCUUUUAUAAAAUAUUCUCCGGAAGAAGAUGAAAUUGAAGAAAAUGACGAUCAAAAUGUAUACUUAGAAUCAUUAAAAUGUCUUACUAAUUCAUUUUAUUCUUCAAAAACUUCUCAAGACAGUGUUACAAAUGAAGUUGCUGCUGUUAUGCUUAGAGUAAUUCGUGUUUUAGCUUUUAAAAUUUUGGAUCAAAUUUGUAUAUAUACAAAAGUUGUAAAACCUAAAAUAAAUGUUGAAGAAUUACCAUCAAUGGAUGAUUCUUUUAUAAAAAAAUUUAAAUUGGAUUCAUUUGAUUUUGUUGAAAACUCAGAAUUAAAUAAUAAGAAAGAUCCUGUCAAUUUAAUUAAUAAUCUUCAUGAUGUUAUUUUUCUUAUGUUAAAACAUGUUUUUAUUCUUAGUUUCCACAAAUCAAAACAACCAAAUAAUUAUUUUGUUACAGAAGAAGCUUUAAAAGAAUUCAAAGUUAUUGGACAAGUUUUUUCAUCAUCAGUUUAUUAUAACAGCAACGUUUGGCCAAGAAAAUUUGAUAACAGUCCAUGGUCACAAUAUUUUAGAUCUCUUUUUAAUAUUUAUAAUUUAUCUAAUGCUAAAAGUAUGGAAGUACUUAACAAAUUUAGAAAACCAUUAAUAGAAAUUUGUGCAGAUAUAAUUAAUUAUGGUUCACAGUAUGUGGAACGUCAAGAACAGGAUGCUAUCAAUUUGUUAGCUGCUUUCCCUGAUCAUAUAGCUUUUAUUAUUAAAAAAGUUCAAAGUAAACCAAUAAAGGGAAGUAUUGAUGAGAUAAGGCUACAAAAACAUUUAUGGAAUGGUUUCGAUAUGGGCGUUCCUUUUGAAAUAAUGAAAAUUAUUGAUAAUAUUCUUCCUCCAGUUAUCGAUGAUGAACAAACAAAAAAUUAUAUAUAUAAUCCACUUGUUGAACUACUUCCAGCUAAUCUUACAGUUCUGAUAGGGUUAUGUCGUUCUUCAAAGGAAGCUAGAAGAUAUUGUCGAGAGAUUAUCCUUCCUCCAUUAACUUCUAAAGAUGUCCAACAACGCCCUGAUAUUGGAAAAGGAUUACGAAAUAAACUUAUUCGACUUAUCAGCCAACCAGAAUUACAAGCCGACAGAUUAUCAGCUGAAUUGCUUUUUAUACUUUGUAAAAAAUCUGUUCCACGUCUUAUAAAAUAUACAGGCCUUGGAAAUUGUGCAGGAUUAUUGGCUAACUCAGGUUUACUAGGAAAAAUAAAUGAACAAAAACGUGACAGUGAUAGUGAGGAUUCAGAAACAGAAGAUUAUAAAAGUGUUGAGAAUCAAGUUAAUCCCGUAACUGGAUAUAUUGAAAAACAAUCAAAAACAAACAUUUUUGAAAAUAUGUCGGAAGAACAAAAAGAAUAUGAAGCUAUAAAGUUAGCAAAUGCAUUACAUAAAAUGAUGGAUCUUGGUAUCGUCAGUCCUGCUGUCAUUGACGAACAUGGCGGUACCAGAGCUGCUUCAAGUAUUAUGGAAUUGGUUAAAGAUAUUAAACCAGAAAACAAUAAUCCAGAUUCAGAUUCUGAUUAA